AUGAGUCUCUGGGUGGCUAUACUGAUUCAUUUACUAUUGCUUGUUGACAAGGCUGAUUCUAAAAAAGGUGUCAAAUGUGGAGGAAUCCUCUCUGCUCCAUCUGGCAAUAUCUCCAGUCCAAACUUCCCAGGCUUGUAUCCCUACAACAUUGACUGUUCCUGGCUAAUUGUGGUGGCAGAGGGUUCCUCCGUCCUCCUCACCUUUCACCACUUUGAGCUGGAAUACCAUGCCAACUGUGCUUAUGACUACAUAAAGAUUUACAAUGGCAAAUCUGAGGAUGAGGGGAACCUCCUUGGGACAUUUUGUGGUGACAUCUCCCCUCCACAGUUCACCUCUUCAUGGAAUGUCAUGUCCAUCAUCUUCCAUUCAGACCGCCAUGUGGCCUACAGGGGCUUCAGUGUUAGCUACAGAAAAGAUAUGUGCGGCGGAGUCCUAACUGGCCUAUCAGGUGUAAUCUCCAGUCCAGGCUACCCUCAGGAGUACAGCAAUAAUGCCGACUGCUCUUGGGCCAUCCACGUAUCCAACACCAGUGUGGUCACCUUAGUCUUUUUGGACUUCCAGCUGGAAAACAACGAGGGAUGUAAUUUUGACUUUGUCGCUCUGUUUGAUGGCCCGACAGUGACCCAUCGCCACCUGGGAAAAUACUGUGGUGCAGAUAAACCCCCCAACAUAGUCACCACCUCCAACCAUCUUCUGGUAAUCUUCAAGUCUGACUUCAACAUUGGUGGACGUGGGUUCAAGGCCUAUUAUUACUCAGCUGAAUGUCAGCAGGUCCUGUCAGCUAUAAGUGACAACUUCAGCAGCCCACAUUUCCCAAACAUCUACCCAAACAACAUCAACUGCCACUGGAGCAUCACUCUAGCAGCUGGGUACCGCAUCAAACUCUACUUCCCUGUUGUGGACUUGGAAGACCGCAACAGUCUGUCAGACAAGUGUGACUACGACUCUGUUGCAGUUUACGACGGAGACAGUCAGACAGAUACCCUGCUGGGUCGAUGGUGUGGCAGGGAGCAACCUCCCUUUCUCGUCUCAAAGGGCAACAAGUUGCUGGUGGUCCUCAGCACAGACAGAAAUGUGGCUCAUAGGGGGUUCACUGCUUCUUAUCUUGGAGUGGUACCUGUAAACGUUAGCUGCACAAGAUCAGAAUUCACCAUAUUGAUACCACAGCAGUCCUUACCUCAGCUGGACCGUGAGAGCAUCUACCUGGGAGACCCAACCUGUGCAGCCCAGCUGACCGCCACCUCGUAUAAGAUACUUGCUCAGUUUGUCAACUGUGGUACUGCUGGCCAGCAAUAUCGGAACAUCACUGUGCUGGUAAACAAACUCUACAUUGAUUUCUCUGAUGGGAAGCAGCAGAAUGUGCAAGAAUAUAGAGUGCAGUGCGACGCCCUGCGGAAGAUAGCAUCAGUGUCCAUCAUUUCAGCAGAGGAGCGUCGUCGUGAGGAGCAGACCCAGCAAACUGACAAUAACAGUAAUGACAACGUAGGGGGUCCAGAAGCUGUGCCUCAUGAUUUGAGUGAUAUUGUCUUCAUUAGCAUAUGUGUUCUGGCUGUUAUUCUCAUGGUGAUAGCUAUUGUUUGGCUGGUGCUGCUUUAGUAAUAAAUAUACAUAUGGUCUUAUCCAACAAAGAAAAGACUCAAACGCUUGUCAUAUUUUCAAUCAUAUUUUGUAUAAAAAUGUUCACCAACAGUAUAAAAACAGAUCAUGAACAAAAAACUUAAUGAGUCCAGCACAAAGGGAUGGCAUUGUCAUUACCAUCAACAAUAAAUAUACCAUAUUGUUGACUGUGAUUUACAUGUAUUUAUAAAACAGUGUAAGGCUGCUGAUGUGCCACAGAGUGUAAAAGUAUUUGAUAUCUCCUUUAAAUUAAAUAAAGAAAAUAAUUAAAAACAUAAAAUGUGUAUGCAU